AUGUCACUCAUCGGAUCCACACAGAACCGCCAGGGAGGUGCCAGGAAGGGCGGUGCUCGUCGAGGGGAAAACAACCGCAUCUACGCUCACCCCCUCCCAGUCAUUGUCGAGAAAUCCCACUCAUGGGCGGGUCACAUCCUAGGCCUCUUCGGAGUCUCUGGUACCAGGGUUAUCAACCCCCAUUUCACAGGCAUAUUUGACCCGGAUACUCGGUCUGUCUGGGUAGUCGAAUCGAAGGAUGCGACGAUACUUUGGAGACGAGGCUUUUUCGGCAAAGGAGAUUUGUCUCGGAGCGAGCCUUCCUGGAGAGCAAGGCAAAUCAGUGCACAGAGGGCUGCGGCAGGGAAAUAUAUGACCGCCGAGGAGAUCCGAGAAAAGCGUAGGGCAGAACGCAAACAGUUCAAGCUCGACCGUGCCGCCGCAAUCGCACAAGCUGCGGCAGAGGCAGAGGCCGCCUUCGCCGAAGGCCGUGAAUCAAAAUCGUCCGUCGUCAUCCCAUCCGGUGCAACUUGGAAGCCUCAGCAAUUCGCAGACGAGUCAGCAACUCCGCCCGCAACGCCUGGUGAGGAGCGAAGUGUAGAAUUCGAUGAAGAGUCUGUACCAGACUUGGAACACCUCCAGCUCACUCUACAGGAGGCGUUUUUCCUGGCCUGGAACCUCGACUGCCUCACCAUAAUCGACCCGACAACGUCUGAGCCUAUGACCCUGAAGCGAAUAUGGACGUCAUUCCAGCAAGUACAUGGCAUACCAAACAUACCUGGUGUGAUGCCCGAGAUAUACGCCAACCGCUUCGACAACCCGUCCUUGGUGAACUACGCUGCAUAUCACUACUACCGAUCCCUUGGAUGGGUUAUCAAGGGUGGCAUCAAGUUUUGCGUCGAUCUGCUCCUGUACAAACGUGGCCCCGUGUUCCACCAUGCUGAAUUCGCCAUCGUCGUUAUUCCUGUCUACGAAGACCCGGUAGAUCAAGAGACGUCGCCAUUCGACCUCGCGAACUCUCAGCCUUUUUCCUGGACGUGGCUCAGCACAGUGAACCGUGUUAACUCCCAGGUGCAGAAGACACUUAUAUUGACCUACGUGAGCAUCCCUGCACGGUCGCGAGUCUCCCAGGAGCUCCUAUCAUCCCCGGCAUGUCUCGCGCACUACACUGUCACAGAGGUGGUCCUACGGCGAUUUAUCCCAGCACGUAUGCGCGAUUAG